CAAAAUUUGAGGCUAGUUUUAUUAUAAUACUGGCCAGGAUAAUGGACACUGGGCCGGUCCAUACCAGGGAUGCCUAGAGAAUGUUAGUGAAUUACCUUAGUCAGAGGCUUAUAAAAGCAAAACCCACAGGGCUGUGUACGGUUAGGAGCAAACAUCUAUUCUGACGGACUUACUGUCUAUACACCUCCCACCUAUGUGUGAUCAAGCAUAGCCUGUGCAGUUUGGGUAAUUAGGCUUGUUGGAAGAAGCAAAACGUGAUUUGUUAUCUUACAUGGAUAACAGCCCCAAGGAUUCCAGGAAGUUAUUUCUGGAAGUUAUUCCUUGGGCAAGGGAGGCUUACAGGCCUUUUUGUUUUAUAAUUCUAAUGUUUUAAGCACAGUAAUUUAAACUUAAAACAUGACAUUAAUCCUCACAAUCCAUCAUGUGGCAUGUCUCUACUGAGAAGGCAGGAACUGCUGUGGCCCUUCUGACCUUAGGUCUCUUCAUCUGAAAAUGGAGAUUUUCCUAAGUCAGCCCUUGUUCGAGUCUGUGUUCGCAGAUUCAGUCAUAGAAAGUAUUUUUUAAAUGUCACAUUGUUGAUGACAGGUAUCAUAAGUCAGCCGUAACUGCAAAUCGGUACUGAGUACUGGCCUUGUCUUCUUGUUGCUAUUCCAGAAGUAACAAUGUAUUGGUGAGAACAGGAAGUAGAAACUGGUGAAAUAGAGCAGGAAUUCCCAAGCCGUGCUUCCAAGAAUGUCCUUGCCGGAGGGCAGGAAUGCUGGGAUCCAGAGAGCUCAGGUUCCGGCUUCUUUGCCUUCGCUGACGCUUUAUUGGAAACUAUCUGAAGACCCAAUUCUAUUUCCAAAGUGUUAAUUAUGGCAACUAGAAUUUCUUUAUCACAACACAGAGUUGGCAAAUUUCAGAGGUGAAAUCCAGAAUCAACAUUUAAAAAAAAAAACAAACAGCCACAUUAAUGUAAGAAAAGCAUUCAAUUUCACAUAUUGUAGUGAGUCUUCAUGGUGCACAGUCAUAAAGGAAAUUAUGCAAAGGGAAAGAAAUUUUUUUCUACAAUGCAGAAAAAUGAAUAUGAAAUUUCUUGGAAGUGAGGAGAAUAACAAAUGUCUUUGAAAACUAUGAUUUCUACAUAUUGAUUAAAAAGCUAGGAAAUUAAAUUUUUUAUUUGUCCUCCUUUGGGGGUUUACCAUUUCUUCUGCGAUAAUCCCCCAAUUCCUGCUUCACCUAGUUAUUCUCUCCAUGUCUCACUUCAAGACUGGAGACAAACACUGGUCUUUUCUGGGAAGUCUUUCCUGAUCCCCUCAACAGCUAGUAUCCACAGGUAUGGAACGAUUCCUCUUCCUGCCGUUUAUGUCGCUUUACGUUCCUCCUUCAGACUGGACUAAGACCCUUUAGGAUGACAUUGUUCAUUGUUCAGAAGAGAGUAGCGGAGGAAGCGGUCACAGCUGAGUCCUAAGGAAGAACCCCUGGAUGAUGAGGAGGUAAAAACCACUGGGAGGCCGUGCAUUGCUCUCUUUGAAGCAUGACAAUUUGUUGAGAAAAUGAACAUUAUGGAAUAUAUCAAAUGUCAGCACUUAUUAGUCUAAUUUAGGGAGACCAUCUCAAACACCCAACCAAGCAACAACAAAAAACCUAAACAAAACAAAAACGAGUUUCUUAACCUCUAACCGUGUUGCUUUAUUUGUUAAAAAAAUUAUGAUCUGUCUCCUCAGGUUGCUAUGAUGACCCUAAGGUGACAAUACAUGUCAAAAUGCUUUAUAAAAUAGUGGUGGCCAGUAACAAUGUAGAAACUAUGUAUAUACUACUACUGUUAUUCUUCUGCUCGCCGCGCCUUGCUCCAACCAUAGUGAGUUUAGUUCCUACCGGCGUAGGAUGGGAUAACCGAGAAACAAGUAAUUUUCAAACACCUCCCAUACGCAGAUCAUCUGCCCUCAUCCAGCAUGGCCGCAUCGGCUACACUCCCGGCGCCUUCCCCGAACCCAACGACUCCGACGCCCUGUGAUGACGUAACACCAGAGCGUCUCUCUCCCUAAAGGUCCGUGCCUGCGCCGUGGACGCCGCGGGUGGGCGGAACUGGUCGGGAUGAGUGGCGGAGGCACCGAGACCCCUGUAGCGUGCGACGCCGCCCAGGGCGGCAAGAAGCGGGACUCACUGGGGACUCCGGGUGCGGCGCACCUCAUUAUCAAGGAUCUUGGAGAGAUUCAUUCCAGGCUGCUGGAUCACAGACCAGUUACCCAAGGUGAAAUCCGUUACUUUGUAAAAGAAUUUGAAGAAAAACGUGGCCUUCGAGAAUUGCGCGUUCUUAAGAACUUGGAGAAUACGAUCCAGGAAACAAAUGAGUGCCUGCUUCCCAAAUGCAGAGAGACCAUGGAGUGCGGCCUGGGGGAGACCCUGCAGAGAUGUGAUUAAUGACUACUUGACAGCUAGUGAGAAGCGUCGUCUGGUCCAGUGGGAGGAGUUCGUGAGCGGACAGCCGCAGCGCAGAGCUGAGGUGGACGAGGAGCACAGAAGAGCCGUGGAGAGGCUCCGAGAGCAGUAUGCAGCAAUGGAGAAGGACCUGGCCAAGUUUUCCACCUUUUAAGACUUUGAUCUAAAAGAGACAGAUGAAUGAGGAAGUGCUUUCUCAUUCCCCCAAUCCUCCCACCAACCAUGUAGUCUCUCCUUCAAGCUUAGCAGUACACUCAGGGGCACUCUUAGGUCUGAAGAGAGACACUGCCGGAGCCAGAUACAUGUCCAGUGGAAGAAGCGUGCUUCUGCACCUAACUGUGGUCAUCUGAAGGAGAGGAGGGCGGUGGGGCACAUUUGCUGCUGGACAGAUUUGAUCUUUUCAUUGAUUAGCUUAGAGGGCUGUGAGUGUAGAUUUCUUCAUUCAUUCCACCAAGGGCAAAUGUUUGACCUUGUGGAUUAAAUGGCAGGUAUGACAACUUCCCAUCACAGCAUCCUGUGACAGAGAUACCACAGUGGGCUUUGAACGCUUGCUUGGAGACACCAGGUUUUGCAGUGCAACACAGUGCCAUGUCUUUCACUUUGUGACAAGACAUUACAUGACUGGUAGCCUUGUAGCACUUAAUAUUUUCAUUUUCUAAGCUAUGCUUAGGAGAAAAACCAAAAUGUAUUUUGACUUUUUCCUCUCCAAGGACCAUCAUCUCGCCCAUAGAGCUCACCUUGCUCUCCGCUCCAUUUCGCUCUGGGCCAGCGCUCCACGGAACAGUGUCUGUGCAUGACUCAGCUGCGCAGUGAGUCGGCAGCAGAGUCUGCCAAGUCCUUCCCAGGCCGUGUAAGACGGGCUCUGGGUGGGCAGAAAGUGCUCGCCCACACUGAUGAUGAUGUAUCAGAGGUAAACCCUCUUUGUCUUAGCAUCCUUUCUCCAGCAGGCUUGUCCGGAUGGAACACCGCUGUCUACCACCACUGUAGUAUUUCUGUGCCUGCACUUAGUCUAAGGAAGGACCACAUCAAACGUCAUUUGCUGUAAACUAAACAAGGUCACGCACUCAUUUGAGAUGCAUAGCCUGUGCAUUUGAGGUGUGGGUGGGUCUUUCUAGUAUUUCCUUCUCCUCAGUAAAGAAGGGUAAGGCAGAGAACCCCUAACUGUCGUGUUAUCUCAGAAUUCUCAAUGCAGACAAUUGACAAUGCGUGCCUGUGUAAAUGUACGUAAAUGUACGGCUGACUGUGAGAGCUUCGUUCUUGGCUCAUGCUGAAGUGGGAUUAAAGCUAAUAGAAGAGAUGAAAUAA